AUGUUUUUCUCUUCCUCAACGGUAUGGAAAUACCACGCUGGGGAAGACUCGGUACUGGAAGUGACGGAGGAGAGCUAUCGGAGCUGCAACAUGUCUAAACCGAUUACGAAACACGACGAAGGGCAUACCGAGAUCAAGUUGAACCAUUCAGGGGCAUUUUAUUUCAUCAGCGGAAAAAAGGAACAUUGCGAGAAAGGCCAGAAGUUGGCUAUGGUCGUUAUGUCUCGACAUCAUCAUCAUCAUCAUGAACCGAAUAAUAUUCUUGCUCCAGCUCCAACUCCAGCGCCAGCUGAUCAACCACGUCCAUUAGCUGGCACUGCUUGUGGACUUAGCAAGAAUAAGCUUGGAAUGUUUGCUGUUGGGAUUGGUUCCUUGGUGACCAAUUACAUGCUUAUGUUCUGA